AUGAGUACUCAUUCUCAAUCCCCUGAACCAUCUGCCCCACUUUCCAGUCAAACCAAGCACCAUGGGUCCGGGAGGCAUUGGACCGAUGAAGAAAGUGCUCUAUUGGAAAAACAUCGGGAGGAGUACAGAGACGCCAACGACGCUGCUCGUGCUGAGAUAUUUUCUCGAGUUUUGCAAGACAUGCUCGACAUACUCCCCAAUGGAAAAUCGUUCAAGAAGGAAGAAAGAUCAGCUGUUAAAAAAGAUAUUAAAGAGUGGUUUGCCCGGUACAGUCGUAAGAGAAGUCAGAAAAUGCCGAGGAUGGGAAAGUCGUGGCAUGCCCGGCGUGUGUUCCAGCAUGAGAACAAGGACACCAUCGAUACCAAAGCGAAAAGGCUUUGUGCCGAAGCCAUUGAAGAGGGACAAAAGAGGCCUAAAGGGGGAGAUCCCACUCAUUUUGAUUUUCGGGAGCGGGUCGUGACUCAAAUGAUGGGAAAACUGAAGAAAAGGGAGAAAGACGUACUGCAGAGGACGGCCGAGGAGUACAACAAGAAGGGAGUUGACCCGGAACUCAAGUCCAAACUGGCUGUAAAGAACUGCACGGCUCAGAUGCAUGCAUUUUCCAAGGAACUUUAUGACACAAUGGGUGUCCGGGUCUUUAUCUUAGGAUGUUAUCUGAAGCCCAAUGGUAAUUUGGACAUCUCGACGUACGACUUCAAUCAAGAACUCGGGAAUGGGAAAGACUUUAUUGAUAACCAUAGCCGGACUUUCCAUGAGGAAGGAAUAUCGGUAUCUUCUUGGAGAGCACACAAUGAAGAAUACUAUGGGUUGGAGGAUCUUGCUUCGGCCGAAGGAGGACACCGAUCCCGGGGUGCUAUGACUUUGGAGAAGAACCUAUACCUGGAACCUAUUCUACCCAAUCCAUCAAAACCACCACUUAAAACUUCCCGUGAUAUUCGAAUUUGGCGGCUGAAUGUUCUUCGUACAUUUGUCAACCAGCACUAUACUGGGCAGAGUAAGGGAUCGGCUCCUUGGACGGCUAUUGGAUCAAAGUUACUUGACUUCAUUGAUCUAGAAUAUAUACCCCCGGCUUGGAGAUCAGUAAAUGGAGAAGGUAACAACUUUUACAAGUUUCUUGAUCCCUCCAAAUUCCCGAUGGAGAUGGUCACUGAAGCUCUCCAGUUUUGUGUUGGGAAGGGCAAGAAGCCCGGCAGAAGCAAGGGUCAAAGGAAGAGGCCGGGCAGCAACCGAGUCACCGAUGACUGGACUCCUGUUCAAGAUGGCUCCGAUGACGAUGAGAAAGACUUGGACGUGGAGAAACCAACCAAGAAACCAACCAAACAGCAUGACGAACAUCGUGAGGAUGGCUCUGAUGAUAGUGACUCAGACUCCGAUAAUGGUCAAGAGAGGCCAAAGCAGGAUACUCUGACCGAGCCCACAGUGAAACCUAGCAGGGUCAACCCGACCUUGGAAGAGGAUAGAGACUCGGGAUCAGAUUUGGGCUCAGACGAUGCUACAAUCACUGUAGAUACCAGCCCCGAGCUUCAGCCUCGGUACAACGACACCCGGGCUCUCUCCCAUGAAGUACCAUCGGACACUGAGGUCUUGGCUGAUGAUACAUUUUGGGAAGCUGACCUGGGCUGUGGGGUGGAGUCGGCCGAUCGAGCGAAGAAGAGAAAAUUCACUGAUGAGGAGGAUACACCCUGCAAGUUUCCUCGGUUAGAGAAGGGUUACAAACUUGGCCCGAGGAGUGCCUGA